AUGAGCGAGGAACAGCAGUACUUGGAUCUGUGCGAGCGGAUCAUCGAGAAGGGCGAGUUUCGGCCCGAUAGGACGGGAACUGGGACGCUAUCGCUGUUCGCGCCACCCCAGUUGCGGUUCUCGCUAGCGGACGGUCAGUUCCCGCUGCUGACGACGAAGCGGGUGUUUACGAAGGGUGUGAUUCUGGAGCUGCUGUGGUUUGUUGCCGGUUGCACGGAUGGGAAGAAACUGAGCGAACAGGGCGUGCGGAUCUGGGAUGGGAACGGGUCCAGGGAGUAUCUGGACCAAUUAGGGCUCACGGACAGGCGUGAGGGCGACCUGGGCCCCGUGUACGGGUUCCAAUGGCGACAUUUUGGUGCCAAGUACAAGACCUGCGACGACGACUACACUGGGCAAGGUGUUGACCAGUUGCAACAACUGAUCCACAAGCUCAAGACGACUCCGUAUGACCGGAGACUGAUCAUGAGCGCUUGGAACCCGCCGGACUUCCCCCUGAUGGCACUGCCCCCCUGCCAUGUGUUCUCGCAGUUCUACGUGAGCAAGCCUCGAGAGGGCGUUCAGGGCGCGAAACCACGGCUCUCAUGCCUCCUGUACCAGAGAUCCUGCGAUAUGGGGCUCGGAGUGCCCUUCAACAUCGCGUCAUACGCGUUGCUCACGAUCAUGAUCGCGCACGUCUGCGGAAUGGAGCCAGGCGAGUUCAUACACACCCUCGGCGACGCGCACGUGUACAAGGACCAUGUGGAUCCCCUGCGCGAACAGAUCUCCAGGGACCCAAGACCGUUCCCAAAACUCGUCAUCAAAAGAGAUGUGACGGAUAUCGACGACUUCAAGUUCGAGGACUUCGAGAUCCAGGACUACAACCCUCACCCAAAGAUCACCAUGAAGAUGAGCGUGUAA